AUGAAGCCUCAUUUAAACACUGCUGACGCCAAACCUGUCAACACGAUUUCAGCAGUGAAAUCCAUCCUUAGUCAGACGGAGGCGACGGAGGAGACUAAGAGCCUCAUUCGACACCAAGUGUCGUCUCCCCUAAUGGCCCACAGGCCGCGGGAAGUGCUUUCCAUGGUCGAACAUAAUGCGCUUAGAGAACUCAAGGCCGACAAAGACCCGGUCAUCGUGCCAGCGGACAAAGGGCGCGCCACGGUUGCACUGGACAGGACAGACUACCUUCAAAAAGCCAGAGGUUUACUGGAGGACCGACAGUUCUAUGUCCCAUGUGCAACUAACCCUUUAAAAUCGCUGAGACGCGAAAUUAAUGCUACGUUUUUGUCCUUGGAGAACUCAGGUGCAAUAACACCGAUCGACAGGCGCAUGGCGAGACCCCAAGAUACGGCUUUGGCCCGAUUCUAUGGCCUCCCUAAAGUGCACAAAGACGGCGCUCCUCUCCGACCCAUCGUAUCGCUCAAAGGGACUCCAACGUACGGACUGGCUAAGUGGCUGUUCCGGUGUCUCAAGUUCCUGACCGCUGAGUCAGACACCACGGCCUCUUCGCCAGCAAAAUUCCUGGAGAAACUCAAAGGGGUAGGCCUCCAUCCAAAUGAGGUCAUGAUAUCUUUUGAUGUUACAUCCCUUUAUACUUCUACUCACCAGGACUUGGUGAUCGAGACAAUCAAGCCGCUUCUACAAAGCAAAUACGAUGAAACGGAGAACCGUCUUGGACACGCCCAAGCUCUUCAGCUCCUGUCUCAGGACGUACUUCACGUUCGACGGGACAAUCUACGAACGGGUAAAGGGCACACCAGUGGGUUCGUCGAUUUCGGUUAGAGUCACUGGUCUUCCAACACCACAGACCAAAGUUCUGGACCCGGUAUGUGGACGAUAUCUUCGUCGUCCUCGAACGGGAUCAGGUGCUGACAUUCAAAGAACAUCCCAACGCCAUCUUCCUGGACAUUCAAUUUACGAUGGAGGAGGAAGAGAACAAGCAGCUGGCCCUCCUGGAUGUCCUCGUAUGCCGCAAGGAUUGUGGUGGACUAAAGAUCAAAGUGUUCAGGAAAGCGACAAAUACGAUGCAAGUACUGAACUUCAACAGCAACAACCCAGUCAGCCACAAACGCAGUUGUGUAAGGACGCUCUAUCGUCGUGUCGCAACGCACUGCAGUGAACCGGAAGACAAGAUUGCUGAACAACAAUACCUCCAAUGGGUCAAGAAAGUCAAUGGCUAUCCACGCAACUUCGUCAGCCGGUGCAUGCGCAAACUAGACGAGUGA